GGGCCGCCCAGCCUGGAGUACAUUCAGGCCCGGGACCUGUUCCCCCAGAAAGAGCUGCUCAAAGAAGACGACGCUCUGCAGAUCCCAUUCCCUGUCCUGCAGGGCGAGUGGGUGGAGUUCCUGGGCCGUGCGGACGAUGCCAUCAUCGCCAUCUCCAACUACAGGCUUCACAUCAAAUUCAAAGACUCCAUCAUCAAUGUUCCUCUGAGGCUGAUUGAGGGCGUUGAGAGCAGAGAUAUGUUUCAGCUGCACAUCAUCUGCAAAGACUCCAAAGUAGUGAGGUGUCAUUUCUCGACGUUCAAGCAGUGUGAGGAGUGGCUGAAGCGCUUGAACAGAGCCAUAGCGCAUCCAGCCCGUUUGGAGGAGCUGUUCGCGCUGGCGUUUCACGCCUGGUGUUUAGGAGGAAACACGGACGAUGAAGACCAGCACCUGCACCUGUGCAGACCAGGUGAUCACGUGCGUCACAGGAUGGAGGUGGAGGUGAAGCGGAUGGGAUUUGACAUGCAGAACGCCUGGAGAGUAUCUGAUAUCAACAACAACUACAAUAUGCUGCAGGACUCGUCUCUGACGGGUUGUCCCACUCCUGAUGCCAGCAGUGCAGCACAGAAAUUACUGAUUCUGGAUGCCCGUUCUUACACCGCCGCCGUGGCGAAUCGUGCCAAAGGAGGAGGCUGCGAGUGUGAAGAGUACUAUCCCAACUGUGAGGUGAUGUUUAUGGGCAUGGCCAAUAUCCACUCCAUCAGAAACAGCUUUCAGUCACUCAAAGCCGUUUGCAGUCAGAUCCCGGAUCCCGGCAACUGGCUCUCGGCUCUGGAAAGCACUCGUUGGCUGCAGCACCUGUCUGUCAUGCUGAAGGCCGCGUCUCUGGUGUGCUCUGCGGUGGAGCGGGAGGGAAGGCCGGUGCUGGUGCACUGCUCAGACGGCUGGGACCGCACGCCGCAGAUCGUGGCCCUCGCAAAGAUCCUUCUGGAUCCCUUCUACAGGACCAUAGAGGGUUUUCAGGUGCUGGUGGAGACGGAGUGGCUGGAUUACGGUCAUAAGUUUGCUGAUCGCUGCGGUCAUCAGGAGAGCGGCGAGGAUGUGAGUGAACAGUGUCCCGUGUUCCUGCAGUGGCUGGACUGUGUUCAUCAGCUCCUCAAGCAGUUCCCCUGCCUCUUCGAGUUCAACGAGGCCUUUCUGGUGAAGCUGGUUCAGCACACAUACUCCUGUCUGUACGGUACGUUCCUGUGCAAUAACGCGAAAGAGCGCGAGGCCCGUAACGUCUAUAAACGCACCUGCUCCAUCUGGUCGCUCCUGCGCAACGGCAACAAGAACUUCCAGAACUUCCUCUACAUCCCCUGCCAUGAUAUGGUUUUGCAGCCGGUCUGUCACACGCGAGCGCUGCAGCUGUGGACGGCUGUGUAUCUGCCGUCGUCCUCGCCGUGCACCGCGGCUGAAGAUGCCAUGGAGAUCUACCUGAGCCCUUCGGCCGGAGGAGAGGAGUUCAGCUCGCGCUCCCUCGACAGGCUCCCCAAAACACGCUCGAUGGACAACUUGGUGUCUGCUUGUGAGAACGGCGUGACACUCACCCGCACCUCGAGUGACCCCAACCUGAACAAGCACUGCCAGGAGUCCAACCAACCCGCGGCCAUCCAGAGCGCCACUUCGUCCGAGGACCCGUCUGAGCCGGGGUGUGAGGAAACCAGCUCUUCAAUAUCUCGUGAGGACGAUUUAGGGGUGGAGCCUUGUUUGACAACCCAGCCCCUUCCAUCUUUGCCCCACCCCUUAGCGGUAGACCAAGCCCCGCCCCUUCCGGUCACAAACCAAGCUCCGCCUCAAAUCCCAAUUAGCUCACCACAGGAAAUCAGGACUGCGGAAAACACGAAUCCACCUCCUCUUUGUAACGGCUUCGCACACGUAGAAAACGCUAGCGGAUCUGCGAACUCUGAAGCCAUUGCGCCAAUGGAGGCGUCAGUGGAGACGCUAACGGAGCAAAGCGCAAUCCCUCCUUCUAGGAAAGCCAUUGACGUGCCGUUUGAAACGCCGAUACGAAACGGCGAACUGGUUCCCGCCAGAGAACGACCACCACCCGCCGACUACGCCAAAGCAGCCCGCCGUUUGAUUUCCCAAAGCCAUCUGACGGAGCUAUCGCUGCUAGGCUCCCAAUGGGACAGCGUCCAAGGCCUGGUCCAGUCGGCCUGCGGCGGCGCCAUCCAACAUGGCAGCUAUCACAGCCGCCGCCUGGCGAACAAGCUCCUCCGUGCCCAAGCCGGAAGCGCUAACGGCGGGCCGUGUUGCCGUCGAGACCCUCUGCACGCUCCUGGAAGCCCCAUCCAGUCGGGCUGGUUCUCUGCAGUGAGGAACUCCAGCUACGCUGCGCUUUGUUCCUCGGCAGCGUCUUCGCUAGCAAUGGGACCGUCCUUCCGGCAGCUGCUCCCGUCCCAUUCCUCGCCGUCCUCCAGCGGCUCUCCGGCUCCGGCGUACCUGGACGACGACGGCCUGCCGGUGGCGGUGGACGCGGUGCAGCAGCGGCUGCGGCAGAUCGAGGCCAGCUAUAAGCUGGAGGUGGAGGUGUUGAGGCGGCAGGUUCGACAGCUGCAGCUCAAACUGGAGAGCAAGCAGUUCUGCACGCCGCCCUCCGAACCCGACGUCGACUACGAGGACGAUAUCACGUGUCUGCGGGAGUCAGACGGCAGCGACGAGGAAGACUCUCUGUCCAGUCACAGCGAGGAUCGCUUGAGCGAGGGCAGCUGGGACCGUGUGGAGAGGAAGGACACAGAGGUCACCAGAUGGGUGCCGGAUCACAUGGCCUCUCACUGCUUCAGCUGCGACUGUGAGUUCUGGAUUGCCAAGAGACGCCAUCACUGCAGGAACUGUGGGAACGUGUUUUGUAAGGACUGCUGUCACCUGAAGCUGCCCAUCCCAGACCAGCAGCUGUACGACCCGGUUCUGGUGUGCAACACCUGCCACGACCUGCUGCUGGAGUCCCGCACGCGAGAGCUGCGCUCGCAACAGCUGAAGAAAGCCAUCGCCACCGCCUCCAGCUGAGACGGCCAAUCACAGCGCGCCACACACACACCGGCGUCCAAUCACACGCCCGUCUUUUAGAGCAAGAGCCGCUCUCUCCUCUAGAGUCCGGAUCGGCUCUGAGACUGAUCCACACGAGGAACGGGACGGAUCAACUCCAAACACGAGUGCGGUUUGCGACGGAGGGGCGAUUUUAUCACUGCAAGUGAACUCCAAGCUUCUCUGGUUGAGGACAGAAACCGGACCCAAAGGAUCCUUGGGUUCCAAAGAGAGGCGUUUCUUCGUCUGGAAAUCACCACACGGCCCGUAUGCAUCACACACAUCCAGAGGCGCUCUAUUUAAAACCAACCAAGCUGCUACAGUAUUUAAAAACGAAAAAUUCUACUUUUGUAUCCUUAUUAUUUUGUGCACUACGGAGGGGGAUUGAGACCAAAACGGGGAGAUCUGCAGCAGUUCGUCUGCUGAUAUGAAGCUUGAAUGUACGGCUGUUUGGUUUAUUUAGAUUUUUCAGAAAUGAGGGAGGGACUGAAUUUAAGCUGCCAGUUUGCAUUGAUUUGAUGGCAGUUUUGUGCAGUUUUUGUUUUUCAGCCACUCGCGUCAAAACUGCGCUUUCGCUGAAAUGUGAAAUGGUUUCACUCUCGACUUUAAAUGCCAAACUCAAAUUCCAACAUAUCAGUAAUAUAUAAACAGAAGCACUCAUAAAACUCAUAAAAGCAAGCUGAACAUUUACGCUGUAUAUUGUUGUGUACGUUACGGUAAAACUAUAGCCAUGUUGCACUGCUCCGUCUACUUUAUCCAGAAUACUAGUAUACUAGUUUCUUUUCUGUGACUUCAUCUGAACAAACCAACGACGAUAAUUGAAAUGACAAUCUGAAACAGGUGAAUCAUUGGAAACUGGUGGCGAUUUAAAGGACUUUUGUGUUGGAGGGUUUUGACCGCUUCGCUGCUGUCCACUCACGUUCUCAACAUGUUCAAAACAAGUGCUAUGAUUUCUUUUUCACGUCGUCCGCGUCUUCAGGCCCUACGUUGAUUGUGUAUUGUAAUGUUGGUGAACCUCUCAACAGUGCCAUGUGUUUGAUUUUCUUAUGGAUCCACUUUAACAUGUUGGAUGGUACAAUAGCUAGAGGCUUAACAAUCAGAGGAUGAUUUGUUGAGAAUCGAUGAGGUUAAAAACACUGAGAACCGCUUUGAUUUUGUCUGAUGGGUUUAAUUUUUGUUCUCCGUGGUGUUGAUGAAGGACACAUUUCGAGUUAAAUGCAUUGAAAAGGAACCCAGAAAUGUGAUAUAUUAUAUAGUUAUUUGGUCUGUAAUAGUGGCUAAAAUGUCACUUAGUGAAUAAUUGUUGUAAAGAAAUGCACUGUACAAGUUCAAUCCCAUGGGUUAAAUAAAAAGAUACGUCUUUAUCA